AUGUCAACUUCAAGUUAUCCUGCACGAAUACCUGCUAGCACGUUUACAAAUCCUACUAGGCGAAGGAAAUCAUCACUCAAAAAUUAUACCACUUUACCCCCCUUGAAGACUCGAGUGAGCAAUGUUGACGACGUCUACAUUCCUCGAACCCCGACGUUCAUGUCGAUAGCCUAUUUGCGCGAGGCGCUCUCAUCAAUCGACAUUAAGAUGGCUGCUUUGGUUAAGGAGCGCACCGAGCUCGAGUCGAAGCUAGAGACAGCAGUACGAUUACAGUCCCCCGUCCUUCGGCUACCCAGUGAGCUUCUGUCGAGCAUAUUUACUAUCGGAGUUCUCGGUAUGGGCGACGAGGACCCUGUUAUGGUGCCCACAUUAAUGCUGGUUUGUCGAUACUGGGCGGACGUGGCGUUGAAUACGCCUGUUCUGUGGGCGAAGAUCUCGGUCAGCCCGCACAACUCGCUGGAGAAGGCGAGGCGACGACUCAUGCGAUCUAAGUCAUGCCCUCUGGAUAUCACAGUUAAUUUUGGCCCGCGUAACGAAUAUAUUCAGAACGUCAACGAGCAAAUCAUGCAUGCAAUGGACUUAUUCCGACCGGCGAUGUGGCGUACGAGAUCAUUCAGCCUCACUGUGCCCAAUCGACCGCAUGCCUACACUGCCCUCCUCCGGUGUCAAGAAGACGCCCCUAUUCUCGAGAGCCUGACCAUCCAGGUGUACCACUCCAUAGACGAUCACUGUUCCAACCCACGCUUUUCCCUGUUUAAUGGAUGCACGCCGAAGCUUCGUUCAUGUUCCCUGACGUCAUUCAAUUUUGGAUGGGACCUGAAAUUAAUGACCGGGCUCCGUGUACUCAAAUUGGGGGGCUAUUUCAACUCAUUUACACCCUCCGUCGCCAUUAUGCUCGAUGCACUUCGUCAAUGCCCAGAGCUUGAAGAGCUCAACUUGCGUAACAUGAGCAAUGUCGACUCCCAUCCAUGCUCGCCUGCCCGAAUAGAUGAUUACGAUAUGCCCGUCACGAAUAAAAUCCAUCUACCCCGUCUGAAAAAAAUGUCUUUCUAUUAUUCAGGUAUUUUCUUUACACGGGAGAUCAUGAGCCAUAUAUCCUUUCCCGCACUCGAAACCUUGGAUCUUGGCUACCUCGAGGAUGCAACAUCGUUGGUGCAACUGGUUUAUGCUCAGGCACUCACGAGACUGCCACUCAAGCAUUUGCGCAUAGAAACUUGUAAUUUUAACGAGAUGAAGUUUGUGAAUCUUCUUCGCAAGCUACCGUCACUGGUCACUUUGGAGUUUGUGGAAGUUGAGGAUAUCUCCAAUGUUUUCUUCAAGGCGUUAUCGCUUCCUCAACCGUGGACUUGUCCCCACCUUGAAUAUGUGACUCUCGAUGGAUGUACAUCCUUCGCAUGGGAUUCUCUCAGGUCUUUCAUCGAAUCCCGACUCCCUGCUGACCCCCACGCGUACAAACGCUACCAUCAUUCUACUGCUCCAAAGAUGUCUUCGGCAUCUGCAGCUGCGGCUGAUUAUGUGCGCAUGAAAAGUCUCCAGGAACGUAAUCCCCACGGCGCCCUCCUGGCCGCUCCCCAGCGGAUCCAGAUGAUCGACGUGACGAGGUGUAACCAAAUCAGCCAGGAGAUGAUCCAGUGGUUACGUAUGUACGUCGCCUCAGUCAAAUGCGAAUCUGCAAAGGGAGUGUGGGGCCAAUCCACCAUGCCUUAA